CUGCUCCUGGCGCGGCUUACCCUGCGGCCGCUCACCGGAGCUGAGGCACCUCGGAGAAUCAAGCGUGCUCAGAGCUGCGCGGGACCCGGCCCCGCGCUGGGUGGUGGGGACCUCUUGGAUGCGCUGAUUUUGGAGGCGCCUCUGAAGUGGGAGCCGCGCGAGGCUGUGGCUGAGACUAAGGAGCCUGAUGUGCACAGCACGUGUGCAAGCCAGGCAGGAGGCCUGGGAGCUAAGGGUCUGCAGCCCCUACCAGCCCUGGCAGAUGUACAUGUGGGUCUGAAUCCUGCUGCCCAGUGGCCCCUGAUUCCUGGCCCCAAGAACAUGACCACAGCCCAGAAUGGCCACGGGCGAGGCACUGCAAUCCCCUGUUCAGUCCCGGAUCCCAAAGACCCCGCCAUGGUCGCUUACCCAGUGUGUCAGAAUGGAGGCUGCGUUGGCGGCGAGGCAGAAGCCCAGGAAGCCAGAAUCAGCCCGGCCAAGUUCAUGCGCCUCUUCUCUGUGAGUCGGAAGAGAAGCAGUGCCAACGCAGAGAGACCCCGCUCCAUGGUCCUGAUGGGAAACUCCUCCACUUGGAAUGCCCUUGCCUCUUUUCGGAAAAUGGGAUCAUUUAAAAAACUGAAAUCCUCGGUCCUGCAAGGAAUUCAGAACCGAGAGGGGUCAGAUGCAGCUAAAGAAGAUACCUCAGACCAGGGACCGGGAAAACCCAUCCCAAACGGUGCCGCCCUCGGAAUCCAGACAAGCAGGGGCACCCCCGCAGGACCAGCGUGCCAGCCACUCAAGCCAGGGGCUGGGGGUGUGUCGGACUGCUCAGACCCGGAGGAGGCGGACGAUGCCUUCCAAAGGAGCACCCACCGGUCCCGCAGCAUCCGGCGUGCCUAUGGCCUGGGCCGCAUCAGCCUUCUGGAUGCCGAAAAGCAGCCUGCCCGGCACCUGUCCCCAAUCCUUCAGGAGCCCACCCAAUGCGAGAUCCUGGUGAAAGACUCUGAAAACAACAGAAUCAUUUAUAGGAGGAGCAAGAGUACAGACAACUUAAACUUUUUGAAGAAAAGCUCCUUUAAACGAAAGUCCACCUCGAAUCUCACGGACCUCAAGGUGGUGCAGGAAAAGCAAGCCCCCCAAAGGACACUGAGCAGUUCAUCUGCAGACUCGGAAAAAUUCGGUGGGUCAGAGAGAAGGACGAAACGCUGGAAGAGUCCGAUCCGGGCCAAGGACUUUGACAGAGUCCUGAGACUGGUGAGCAGUGCAACAGACGUGGCCUGGAAGAGAGAGGGUGCCAAAGGGGGGGCGCGGUCCCCCGGGGAGGGACAGCCAAGGCCGCGGCCACACAGCAGGCUUCACGAUGACUACUCUCGCAGGGUGUCCACCAAUAGCGAGCCUGACCGCAGGAGGUGUCCGGGGCCCAUGCACAGUGUGCAGGCAGCUGCCGGUUGCAGCUCAGCUGUAGAUGUGGACACAGCUGUGUUUCCUCUUGAAACCACAGAAUCAUCAGAAAGUAUAGGUCCUGGUGCUGGCAGUCCCCCAUCCGGUCCGAUAGCCCAGGAAGUGUCAAGCAAAUACUCUGAUGAACCAAAACCUGGCAGCCAGUUUACAUUUGAAGUUGAGCAACCACUCACUCCUCUGAGGCCCACCACACCCAAGCCCCCCAGCCCGCAGAGCCCAGGCGCAGGGAAUGCUAAGUGUCCCAACCAUCUCAGUGCUCUGUCCCUGAGCUCAGUGGACAGUGAAGAAAGGGGCGAGGGUUCUGCUCCGAGGGAUCAAGGUCCAGUGUCCUCCCAGGAUUUGGUGCCAUCCACAUGUGACAAUGGCAGUGAGGACAGCAAUACUGGCAGCCAUACUCAGCUGGUCCUUGGUGGGACAGCCGAUCCAGAAGAAAAGAGAGAAGAGGUUGUUACUGAGGAAUCCUGGAGGCGGAGCUCAUCCCAGGAGGAAGAUCGGGCUGAGGCUCAGAGGAUCACCAAGCGGAGAUGGGGUUCAGCAAGAAGGUCAAGGCCUCGACCACUCUCUGACUAUGGCCAGUUGGUCAGCCGAAGUUUAUCUAUUCCGGAAGACUCAAUUGCUGUGGACCCCCAGAAAGAAGACAUUGUGGAUGGUGACCACCAGCCAAGCAUGGCCUCUUCCGACCCUGCACACCAGAGUGCUGCCGGGGGCUACCCCAAAGGAGGCCGGAGGAGACGGCCCAUCUCUGUGAUAGGCGGGGUCAGCUUCUAUGCAAAGAGCCAGACAGAGGAAAUAGAGACUCUUCUGACUCAACCGGCAGCCAGGCCACCUGUGCCAGCUCACCAGGUGCCGCCCUACAAGGCUGUUUCUGCCCGAUUCCGGCCGUUCACCUUUUCCCAGAGCACCCCUAUUGGACUGGACCGUGUGGGACGCCGACGGCAAAUGAGAGCAUCCAACAGUAACUCUGGACGACACAGCAACAUCCAGUGGGGGUCUGUUUCAUCAGAUGGCGGUACUGAAUCUUCUGCCUUAGUGGAUGACAACGGCAGUGAGGAGGACUAUAGUUAUGAAGACCUUUGUCAGGCCAACCCCAGAUACCUCCAGCCAGGCGGGGAGCAGCUGGCCAUCAACGAGCUGAUCAGUGAUGGCAGCGUGGUCUGUGCUGAAGCCCUGUGGGACCAUGUGACGAUGGAUGAUCAAGAACUGGGCUUCAAGGCAGGAGAUGUCAUCCAAGUUCUAGAAGCCUCUAACAAGGACUGGUGGUGGGGCCGGAAUGAGGAUAAGGAAGCCUGGUUCCCUGCGAGCUUUGUCAGAUUGCGAGUCAAUCAGGAAGAGCUCUCAGAGAAUUCCAGCAGCACCCAGGAUGAGGAGCAGGAGGAUGCUGACAAGACCCGCCACAAACACUCUGAGAGCAAACACCAGAUGAGGACCAACGUCAUCCAGGAGAUCAUGAAUACUGAGCGGGUGUACAUUAAGCACCUCAAAGACAUUUGUGAGGGUUAUAUUCGACAGUGUCGUAAGCACACAGGAAUGUUCACUGUUGCACAACUAACCACCAUUUUUGGAAACAUUGAAGAUAUUUACAAAUUCCAAAGAAAGUUUCUGAAAGACCUUGAGAAGCAGUACAAUAAAGAGGAACCUCAUUUAAGUGAAAUAGGAUCCUGCUUUCUUCAACAUCAAGAGGGCUUUGCGAUCUACUCCGAGUACUGUAACAACCACCCGGGCGCCUGCGCAGAGCUGGCCAACCUGAUGAAGCAAGGCCGGUACCGACACUUCUUUGAAGCCUGCCGACUGCUCCAGCAGAUGAUUGACAUUGCCAUUGAUGGUUUCCUGCUCACACCAGUGCAGAAGAUUUGCAAAUACCCCCUGCAACUGGCCGAGCUGCUCAAGUACACCACGCCGGAGCACAGUGAUUACAACAAUAUAAAAGCAGCAUACGAAGCCAUGAAGAAUGUAGCUUGUUUGAUCAACGAGCGCAAACGCAAGCUGGAAAGCAUAGACAAGAUAGCAAGGUGGCAGGUGUCCAUUGUAGGCUGGGAGGGGAUGGAUAUUUUAGAUCGAAGUUCAGAAUUGAUCCAUUCUGGGGAACUGACCAAAAUCACUAAGCAGGGCAAGAGCCAGCAGCGGACCUUCUUCCUGUUCGACCACCAGCUUGUGUCCUGCAAGAAGGACUUGUUGCGUCGGGACAUGCUCUAUUACAGGGGUCGCACAGACAUGGACCAGAUGGAGCUUGUGGACCUGGAGGAUGGACGUGACAAGGACUGGAACCUCAAUGUGAAGAAUGCAUUCAAACUUAUCAGCAAGACCACCGAUGAGGUUCAUCUGUUUUGUGCCAAAAAGCAGGAAGACAAGGCGCGGUGGCUGCAAGCCUGUGGGGAUGAGAGGAGGAGGGUGCAGGAGGACCAGGAAAUGGGAAUGGAAAUUUCAGAAAAUCAGAAGAAACUGGCCAUGUUGAAUGCUCAAAAGGCAGGACAUGGAAAGUCAAAAGGCUACAGUGGAUUCCCUGUGGCCCCGCUGCACCAGAGCUUGCACCCACUUCACCAGCGCCAUGUCACCGUGCCCACCAGCGUCCCUCAGCAGCAAGUGUUUGCCCUGGCAGAACCCAAGAGGAAGCCUUCGUUGUUCUGGCACACCUUCAAUAAGCUCACCCCUUUCAAGAAAUGAAAUGGGAUCUGGCAUUUCUUUUGAGGCGGAGAACCAUUUUUGUUUCUUCAUGGCUAAAAGUGAGGAAGCUACAUUGGACCCAGUGCUAAAAACUUCUUUCUGGGGUCAAUGCCAGUCUUCAGAGACCCAGUGCCGCCUUGGUUGGAGAAGGUCAUCAUUUAUGUCUCUAAUGUGUCCAAGAAUCCUCUGUCACCUGGGCCAAGAUGGCUAGACCUAGGAACCAGUGCUGUCUUCUGAAGUGAAUGCUGAGCGUUGACCCCAGUGCCCAUGACUGGUGCUAAGCACGCUCUCUGCUGCAGCACAAACCAAGCACCUCAAGAUUUUCAGUUCCCAAGGAAGGGCUAGAGCAGAGUGUCACUUUUGCAUCUGAUUUUGAUGGGACUGGUGCACCAGCGUUGGUACAAUGUUGCCUCAGGAUAGCAUGCAAGCUGUCCCUUCUUCUGAUGCCAUAACAGUUGUCAAAUGGUCGUGCGGACUUCGCCCUGCAAGCUUCCUCCCUCUACAGGCUAGAGGAGAAAGCAGGAUGAAUUCAUCAUGUGGCAGCUGGUCUGUAAUGCAGAGUGACUUAAGCAUUCAAAGAUAGGACUGUUUUCAAGUGAGGGAGUGAAAAAUCCUGCUGCCAUUUGGAUUUGCCUUCUGAAGUAAGGAACUGGCCUGCCGGUGUGCAGCACCUAACUCUACAAGCAGAAAUCACAUCCACUUGCACAUCGUAACCUAAGAAGUUGGAUCCAUAUGUAUCCUUUUGCAGUGUAACAAGCCAUUUGCUUUAAUUUUAUGAUAAAGUGGAUAUGAGCAUGCACCCACUGAAAGUCAUUCUUCAGGAGAUCCUUGUGCUUCUUCCAACGAUGGGUUCUGAUGUCUCACCAAUUAAGCAGCACAUGCAUUUGAUCAAGCAUGAGGCUCAAAGCAAUCCAACUUCCCCAGGAUUUGAGGCCAACUUAUUGCAUAAACCUAAAACAGUAGUGCUAACUGUGCCAUUAUUAGCAUGUCAGCAGGUUUCUGGAGACUCAUUUGUUACAAAAGAGACCUUAAUAAAAAAUAUGUUUAGACUCAGAGAUAGCAGUCCUUUUAAACGAAGACCAUGUGGGCUAAUACCUGUAGAUAGUAAUCUCCUUAUCUUUGUCUACAUUGUAAAUUUUUGGUGAAAAUAACUUUUAAAUAUGUCUAGAGAAGACAGGCUUUGCAAGAGAGAUAGCAUUUCAAUUUACACAGUGCACUGGAAGGAGUUAUUGUAUUACACAACAUGUGGUUUUCUAUUUAAAGCUCUCUUUUUCGUACUCUCCAAGUUCUUUUUUCUAAUAAGCCAAUGCUGAGAAUAAACAAACCUGUAAUGUCAAAGACCAAGGUAUAAUGUGAGUCUCUGGUGUGUGGGUCCGCCAUUCCCCUCCAUCUCCCGCCCCAUUCCCAGAACUGUUCCUGGAGGUGACGACAUGCAUCAAGGAGACAUAAUUGGACUUGAAAGCGUCGUAUAAAAAAUUUGUUGGGAAAUCUUAUCUGUUGGUCAUCCUGCUCUUCUGCCUUGCUUUGCUCACUUAUAGACAAUAUUGCUGGCAAGUUGUGCAGCCCUGUGGCUGAAAACCAGGGCUUGCCUGUGGACCUUCAUACCAAGUGUCCUGGGAUGGUGGUUGCUUCUGUGAGGAAGCAUCUCAGGAGGUGCUAUAGCUUUGUGUGUAUAGUCGCGCGCGUGUGUGUAUGUGUGUGUGCGUGUGCCUGUGCGUGUGUUUGAAUAGACAUCUCAAGUGCAGUUGCAUUUAUAUAACCGACGUUUUUACUAACAAAAUAUGAUAUAUAUUUGAAAACUAAAUAUGCUUUACGUGGACCCCCUCAGCAAUAACUGUAGAGUCUCUGCGCUAAAGAGUUAUUUGUAUAUACAGCAAUUUUGAGCACGUCUUUGGGUUUUUUUAUUUUGUAAAUAUAAGAGAAUUACUGUGAGGAAGUAAAGAGAAUCAUUUGCUUGGAUGAAUUCAGUUCAAGUAAAGGAUCACUCAAAGACUUCCAUUUUCUAAUAUUUACUAAUGAGCAUGAAUAAAUGCCUGAAGUUCUGUGAUCAGUCCCGAUUUUCCCAACAGAGCUCUAACUUCUAGUCCCCGCCUCUCCCUCCCUCCAUGGACUUCCAGCAGAAUUGCAAGAAGCUCAGAUACCAGGGCAUGCCUAAGUGCCAGGGUGUCCUGGUCAAUGUGAGAGCCACUUCAUCAGAUAUCUGCCGUGGGUGGAUCCUGGCCGGAUGCUCAGGUGAUUUUGAAAGCUGUUAAAAUAGUUUGAGGAGAGGAUGUUAUUCCACCUCUUUAUAUUCCUUACUUGAGUUUUAUUACCCAAUGCCUGAGUUCUGUAAAGAAUAGGUGACUCAGUAUCCUAAUUUUAGGGUUACCAAACUUCCAUCUUGAUGAAAAUCACAUUUUCCACUGGCAAAGAAAAAAAGGAGAGAAAAAAGAGCUUCCUAUAUGGAAUAUGAAUGAAUAGUUUCAUUGAGAAUCUCACUUUCUCUUUCUUUUGAACCCUACAUUGCAUAAUUUGGCCCCCCAAAAAUGACAUAACAUAUGUAUGAAUUUCACUUACUCUAUCAUUCUUGCUUUAGAAUUUGCCACCUUUGCUCAUUCAACUCUGUUCACUGUUCAGCUCUGUUCAACAGAAAGAAUUAGAAAUGUUCUGGUGUCAAAGCAACCUUGUCAAUUUUGAUCAUACCUAAAACUUAUAACCUUGUGGUAGGUUAUAAGUAUUUGAGAAUAUUUGUAAAUCUUGGAAAAAAUAUCCUUCUUUGUCUUUGGCCUCCAAACUAGAAAAAGAGUGGCUGCAUUUUGCCAUUACUUGUCCUGGGCUACCAUCAGCAUAGUGUGUUUUUAGCAGAUCUGAUCUUUAUCCUAGUAGAUCUGAUCUUGUAAUUGAAAACAUUUCCCACCCAAGCUCCAUGCUAUUUCUGAAUAUUUUUGUCCCUUUUUAACUAAACCAGACAAGGACUAACUCCAUGCCUAUUCAAAGUCUCUCAAUUCUAAGUUGCUAUUAUCUAAACACAAAGCCAAAGUUUGUUCAAUUCAAAAUUUGGUUCACAGUAGAAAUCUUUUGUGAAAGUCAUGAUCUGCAUAUCAUACUGAAAAAUUCUACAAACCCAAAUUGCUGAUAUGCCAUAACACAAAUCAACAUAGAAACAGAUGCAUCCCUCAUAGGACAGUGCCAACACAUGUGAAUAAAUAUCUCAGUGGCUCACAGGCCACAGAUGCUGGACACAAAUCAAUUAGGUCAAACUGCUCAAAAACACUGGUCCCUAAAAUAGGCUUAGCUGACAAGUUGCUCUCCUUGCUAAAAUUUCACUUGGCUAAAUGCUAUUGUCCUCAAGAUGAAUGUAGUGAAAGUGAAGUUCCAAAGAUUUUGAAAAAUAACAAGUAGAAAUCAUCUGACCUUGGGGGAGGGAAAAAAAAGCUGAAGUGCUUGUGUAAAUCCUGGAGAAAUACCCUUCUUUGUCUUUGGCCUCCAAACCAGAAAUAUAUCCUUAGCUCAAAACACAUUAUUAUCUGUCGUUAUUUUGCCAGCAUCGACAAUUGUAUUUAGCAAAUACUUUGAUUUUUUAAUAAUUGGUUUUGUCGAGGUGUUAACAUCAAUUAUGUUUAACUUCCUACUUUGCAAGGCUUUUGGUAACCUUUUCCUUAAAUGCAUCAACAUCAAGACGAUGUUACCUGCUUUAAGUCAAGUGACAGCUUCCAAACUGAUGAAUUAGCUGCUCACAGCCAAUGUUGUGCAAGAUUGCUGUAACUUGAUAUGUAUUUUGUUGAAUGAAGUUUUUGUAAAAAAAAUUAUUGCAAUGUUAUUUGAAAAUUUUCUUGUAAAUGCUGUGAAUUUAUAUUUGUUGUUUUGUAUCUGUAUAUUAAAAUUAAUUUGCCAAACUGGUUCUACUAAUGCAUCUGAGU